UUAAAGCGCACGGAGCUGCCUGCCUGAGUCGCCUUCGGACACAUCCACUAGCGCGUUUCACACCUGGCUCAGACGGGGAAAGGACCACCAUGGGGCUGUUCUACAGCAAGAGCCAGACAGAACCGUCUCCAUGCAACUUGCUCACCGUAAAAAUCAUACAGAUGAAAAAUGCCAGGAAAGCAGACUUGUUAAGUCAAUCUGAUUGCUAUGUGAGCCUGAGCCUGCCAACAGCUUCAGUGCAGCAUUUCCGCACCAAGACUGUCCAGAACAGCAAGAACCCAACAUGGAAUGAGACCUUCCACUUCACGAUUCAGAGCCAGGUUAAGAACAUUCUGGAGCUUAAAGUUUGUGAUGAGGACAAAGUAACUGAAGAUGACCAUCUCCUCACUGUUUUCUUUGAUGUCUCCAAAAUCCAGCUUGGAGAAAACAUUCAGCUAAGUUUCCAGCUGAAUCCACAGGGAAAAGAGGAGUUGGAGGUUGAAUUCACAAUGGAGAGCAGUCCAGAUCCUCCUGAAAACAUUAUUACUAAUGGAGUUCUAGUGUCUCGUGAGGUUUCCUGUUUGGACGUGCAGGUGAAUGACGGGAGGCUGAGGAAGGACGCUAUGGAGAGAAAGUUUGCACUAACUGUGGACGGGUCGUAUGAAGGAACCCAGAUGCACACGCUGAGCUCCUGCCUGUGCCCGACGUCCCCGGCCAGGUUCCACUACAUCAAGUACAACCAGUCAGCGCUCACUGUGGCUCUGCCGCGGCGCAGACGGCUCAGCAGGUCUAUAUCAAGUCAAAAUGAAAGGGAUAUGAACGAAUCUGUGACUAUACCUCUGAACUUGCUUCCUAUACAAGAGAAAAUAGCAAUAGGAGAGGACAGGACAAUUGACUUGUACACAAAGGCAAAUGAAUGGACUCAGGGUCUGUGUUUCAGACCAAGAAACCUUGAUGCCCGCCUGGGGUUUGACCUCUGCACAGAUGAACAGAAUUUCCUGCAAAACCGAAGGAAGGUAGUUGCUGCUGCACUAAAGGAUGUUCUUCAUCUGGAGGAAGACCUGCAAGAGCAUGAGGUGCCUAUAGUGGCUGUGACCACAGCAGGAUGUGGCAUAAGAGCACUCACUGCCAUGUAUGGUAGCAUUUUGGGUCUCCAAAAGUUGCGUGUUCUGGAUUGUGUUUCAUACAUCAGUGGUUCAUCUGGCACAACAUGGACAAUGACAAAGCUAUAUGAAGAUGCUGAUUGGUCACGUAAGGAUCUUGGGGAAGUAAUUAUUGAAGCACGGAAGCAAGCAGCCAAGUGCAAGAUGGGGGCUUUUUCCUUGAAAAGUCUGAGGAAUUAUUACAGAGAGCUGAGCCAAAGGACCCAAGCAGGACAUAAAACAUCUUUUAUUGAUCUGUGGGGGCUCAUGAUUGAAGCCAUGUUAAAUGAUGGGAAAAGCCACCACAGACUUUCUGAUCAACGUCAGGCAGUGAACCAAGGUCAGAACCCACUGCCCAUCUACCUUGCCCUUAAUGUCAAGGACAAAGUUGCCACCAAAGAUUUCAGAGAGUGGGUGGAGUUCACGCCGUACGAGGUGGGCUUCCUGAAAUAUGGUGCCUUCAUUCGUGCGGAGGAUUUUGGCAGCGAGUUCUUCAUGGGUCGCCUGAUGAAGAAACUCCCUGAGUCACGAAUCUGCUUCAUGCAAGGAAUGUGGAGUAGUAUCUUCUCCAAAAAUCUUUUGGAUGCCUGGCAUGCAUCUGACAAUUCAGAAGACUUCUGGAACAGGUGGACCCAAGACAAAGUGACUGAAAUAGAGGAACAACCAGACCUGCCUGAGAAGCCGUAUGAGAUGGCUACGUGCAUUUUCACUCCUACGAGCGGCCUCUCCACAACGCUCCGGGACAUCCUGACGGAUCGCCCUGCUGUCUCCAAGUACCACAACUUCCUAAGGGGUUUCCAGAUGCACAAUGAGUACAUCCAGGAUGAACAUUUCACAAAAUGGAAAGACACCUUGCUAGACACCUCUCCCAAUGACCUGAGAGGCAACUCAGAACACCUGGAGCUGGUGGAUGCAGCUUUCUUCUUUGAAACCAGUUACCCACCCGUUAUGAGACCAGAGCGGAAAGUGGAUGUCAUCAUACACUUAAAUUACACAGGUGGAUCACAGACAUUGCCCCUGGAGCAGGCUUGCAAAUACUUUGCAGAGCAGGAAAUUCCAUUUCCCUGCAUUGGACUGAUGGAUGAUGAGAAUAACCUGAAAGAGUGCUACAUGUUCGAUGGUGCAGACACCCCAGGAGCUCCUCUGCUGGUUUAUUUUCCAUUAGUGAAUGACAGUUUUCAGAGAUACGUAGCACCUGGCAUGUUACGUACUGCUGCUGAAAUGGAACAGGGCAAAGUUGAUAUCUCCAGUUUCUCCUCUCCAUACUCAACCAGGGAGGUCUCGCUGAAAGCAGAAGAUUUCAACAAGCUUCUGAAGCUGGCUCAUUACAACAUAAUGAACAACGAGAACAUGAUUCUUCAGGCCUUGCGUAUGGCUGUGGCACGGAAGAAACAAGCCCUGAGCCAGCCCUCACAGGCACAGCCCUCUGCUUGAACAGCUUUUCUCUGUUCCUUACUAAGCAUUUACUGAGACAGCAUACAUGUGAUAAAUACUUCACCAUUUUGACAAGGGCCAUGGCUUUCUAAGUAAUCUUCUCAAUCUUAUCCAGAAUUGUGGUAUUAAACUCAGCAGUUUCUGUUGUUAAUACCUUCUCACUGUGAUGUUCAAAAGAUGAAGAUUCAGCUGUGUGUGAUAGGGAAAUAGCAUUAGCUCUCUUUGUCUGCAAUCUCUUGGUGGCUAGUUGCUAAUAUUUUUUCAUAUCCAAAAUAUUUUGGUAUUUCAUUGGACUAUUGAUAGAAAAACCAUAAAGCCCUCUUCAGACACCAAAGGUGGUCAGUAUCAAUUUAAAACAUUUUAUUUAGUUUUAAUAGCCUGAAUGAAAUGGCCUUCUACCUUUAAAGAGGUAUGUUCCCAGGUCCUUCUUUUUGGUCAUGAAUUGUCAUGAAAUAAAUAUUUUAUGAAGGAUGUUUAAUUUUUAAAAUUUGUGUUGGACAACAGAGAUAUAGAUCAGUGGCCAUUUAGGUCUUUGAUAAUCUAUUCUUAUAAAUAAAAUCAAACUUUAAAAAAUUGUUUUGAAGGACUACUGCUAUUUCCUCUCACAGUGAACUGUGUCCUGUCCCAGAUCACAUAUAUGUUCUGCAGUUAUCUCCCCGAAAUGCAAUUUUGCUUCAGCAUCAUCUGGAACUUGCUCAGUACCGUGUAUUGAACCAUUACAAAAUCAGAGAGCAUGUGAAGGGGAUUGCAGGAGGUAUGGUAAUUGAGCACUGGAGACAUGCAGUAAGAUGCCAAUUUUCUGUUCACUGCAUCACAGUGAACAGAACACAAACACACUUGAGGCCAAGAAAGGUCCAGCAGAGAGAAGUGUUUCUGGUGAAUUCUUCCUUAGAGGUAACUGGAGAGAGAGGUAUUCUUUUCUAGAUCUGGAGCUGGUUAAGAAGUUGGUUUUUACUGGUUUUACAUAAAAAAGCAUUGUGAAAGAAGGGCAGAUGCUGGCAUAUAGGAGUUUGUCAAGGGUCAGCUAAGAUAAGCCUUUCAGGACUCCCUCAGAGCCUAAAUAAGUACACAAGAACUAUACAAGAGUAUCUUCUUUCCACAAAUUUUCCAACAAGAUAUAUAGGUAAUUUCUGCCUUAUGUUCUAAAAUCCUGCUCAUUGUUUUAUUUGAGCAGCCACUCAUGAACUCAAACUAAGGUUCCUGAACUGUCAAAAUGGGUAUCAUGACUGACUCCUUAAUGCCUGCCAGGGAGGAUAUAAUUAUAUUUGUCAAAGUCUUCCCAUGACUGCAAAGUUCUGGGCAUUUCAGCAGCUUUGUAAAUUCUGAUGGCUCUGAGGAACUCUGGUGCAGUUUCAAUUCUCAACUGUUGUUCCUUGUUGGAAAUAUUUUUGUCAGGAUUAGAUACUCUGAUUUUGCCUGUGAGCUUUUUCAGUGAUGGUGAACACCUGCUCCUUCCUGGUUUUACCAGCCUCAUACUGGUUGGAAAACACGUAUUCAUGAGACAAUGGAAACAGCUCUCUGUAGAUGUCUUGUACAGCCCACGUUACCUUUUGUAUGUCCCAUCUCAGAAUCUGUGAUGCACCCUAAAAUCUCAGAUGAUCUGAAGGAAACUAGAAAAGUAGCUUUUCAGCCACUGGCAUGGUGUCUCAUAUGUUCACAUUACUUUUGUCCCAAGUGCAUGUUCUGGCAUUACUAUUAGAUUUUCUUCAAGCAGAGGCACUUGACAGCCAAUGUCUGGGCUCUCUCCAGCUCCAUGCCCUGCGGCACUUCCGUGGAGGGAAUUCCUGCAGAGAAAACCCUUGGGUAGGAGAGGUGACAGAGGCCUAGAGAUUGGCCCAUCCUUUUCCUUCCUUGUACUAAAUUGAGCUAGUGAACACAUUUUUUAUUGGGUAAAACACCUCUUUUUGUAUACUUUUGUUAUUAAUAUUUCUGCUGUUACUGUGUGUUUUUUAUCCCACUGUUUUUUGCUUCCAGUAAAUUAUCUC